CGCAGCCUAAUUUCUUCCAACAAAAUGCCUGAAGGUCCUGAGCUCCACUUGGCCAGCCUAUUUGUCAACAAGAUGUGUGAUGGAGUGGUCUUUAGUGGACCGGUUACAAAAUCCGAAGUCAGCAAAUGUCCCGACGUGGCCUUCACCUGUGAGUCGUACCGCAUCACAGCCGCUUCCAGGGGGAAGGAAGUCAAGCUGACUCUGACGCCCAUGAAGAGUGACGAUGAUGGGAAGCGGCGAUCAAAGGGUGGACAAGCAGAUCAACCCAUGGACAUAGUCUUUCGCUUCGGGAUGUCGGGUUAUUUCCGCUUCACCCCAGAGGACGAAGUUCCUAAACAUGCCCAUCUCCGAUUCUACACCCAGGAGAAGCCCCGCAGAGUGCUGAGCUUUGUGGACGCACGCAGGUUUGGCAGCUGGCAGCCCAACGGAACCUGGCAGCCUGACCGAGGGCCUUGCAUCAUGUUUGAGUACAAAAGCUUCAGGGAGAACGUCUUGUCAAACCUGAGCGAUCGGGCUUUUGAUCGUCCCAUCUGUGAGGUCCUGCUGAAUCAAAAGUACUUCAACGGUAUUGGGAACUAUCUGAGAGCUGAAAUCCUGUACAGGUUGAACAUCCCACCGUUUGUGUGUGCACGGGACGCGCUGGAAGGCCUUGAGUUAGAUGAUGGAUUUGAGAACUGGGAACCUUUGAAAAAGGAGAUUGCAAACACGAAGACCCCAGGGAAACCUAAAAAGAAAGUGAUAAAACAAGAGACCGGCGACCUGCUCAGACUGUGCCAUACCGUUCCUCUGGAGGUGGUCAGCUUAGGCGGUAAGGGCUAUGACCCCGAGAAGGCGGACUACUCUGCCUUUCAGGCGUGGCUGCAGUGUUAUUAUGUGGAUGGAAUGAAAUCAAUUCGGGACCACAAUGGCAGAACAAUGUGGUUUAAAGGAGACCUAGGGCCCAUGCCACCUAAAGAGUUAAAAUCCCCCAAGGCGAAAAAGAGGGCAAAGAAAGAUGAUGACCACGAUUACACAGAGAAGAAAAAGGUGGCCAAAAGUGAGACAGAGAGCACAGGAAAGAAAAGGGCGCUCAAAAAGGAAAUACCAAAAAAAGAAAUAACCACACAUUCAAAGAGAGGAAAGGCCACAAAGGCCCAGGAAGCGUCGUUACAGACUGAAACUAGAUCAAGUGCACGUACAAAGAAAACUUCCAGCCCUACAGAACCUGCUGCAGGGAGAGGGAGACGAAACGGGAGAGUGAGCAGAAAAAACAGCAAGUAAACAUGCAACUGGACCAAUCAGUAGAAGAUUUUUAAUACUCCAAAAUAUUUUUUCAAAUAAAAGAUUUUUUUU